GAACGAAAGUGAAAUUCAAUGAAAAGAAAAUGACAGCUGCAGUCAUCGCGCCUACACCAGAUCUUGUUGCCGAUCAACUAAAAACGCCUUUUGCAGACAAAAGAGAAUAACUGAGAAAGGAAGACCUACACUGAAUUCGCUAAGGCCAGCAAAGUUUUUAUGCACCAUUUCAAAGACUGCAACUAUGAGUGCUAUGAGUGGCGAACAGCUAGCACCGAGCACAAGUUAUUUCGUUGGCCGUGUUUACUUUUUAAUACGAGUAAAAGAACGGAAUGACAGACCCAUGGACUUUAUUUUCAACUGACAGCAGCAGAUCAGCGACCUGUGGGGGUGUAAGAUCACCGAGGGCGUCCUGCCAGCUCACAGGCAGAGUAUCCCACAAACUCUCACUGAAGAACUCCUGCGUGGACGCACAAACACAGAUACACUUUCACGUAGUAAAAGAACAUCAAGAAGACUGCUGUAAUCAACCUCUGAGGGUGUACAAGAAUGUCAGGGCUUAUGUUGAACCUGGUUUGUGAGCCUAGUCGAGGAGGCGAAUCGGGUAAAUCCACAGGAAAUGCCAAGCAUGAACGUUUCCUUGGAAAGAGACAUUACCUGGAGCACAAGGGUUUGUUAAAAGAGAAACAAAAUAAAAAGCGAAAGAAAAAUAAAAAGCAGAAAUAUAAAAACAAGUCAAGAAACACGCAGCUAAAUGGAGGUGAUCAAUCAAACCCAGGUGCUAUUUUUCCUAAAUUUACCUCUUGUCUGCCUAAUAAGACCAGUGAGCCUUCUAGUUCUGCCCAGACGUUUUCAAGGAAAUCCACAUCCACUGCCUCCACAUCUCGGAGGCAUCUGACACACCAAGCAGCACCCCACACUCUCGGACCUUUAAAAUAUGUAGCGUUGGACUGUGAGAUGGUGGGCACGGGACCGAAGGGGUGUCGCAAUGAACUCGCCCGCUGCAGUAUCGUCAACUACGAGGGUGAUGUGAUUUAUGAUAAAUACAUCAAACCCAUCAAUCCUGUGACGGAUUUCCGCACUCCCUGGAGUGGAAUCAGGAGGCAGGACCUACUCCAUGCCAUACCCUUUGAUCAGGCACAGAAAGAGAUUGUGAAGAUAAUAACAGGGAAAAUGGUUGUGGGCCAUGCCAUCCAUAAUGACUUCAAGGCCUUAAAAUAUUUCCAUCCUGCUUGCCAAACACGAGAUACGGCACGGAUUCCGCUGCUAAACCAGAAAGCUGGACUGCCUGUGAAUCAAAUGGUGUCUCUCAAGAGGCUCACUAAGGCUAUUUUCAAAAAGGACAUACAGACAGGGAAGCGAGGCCACUCAUCAGUAGAAGAUGCCAAAGCCACCAUGGAACUGUUCAAAGUAGUGGAAAGCAUGUGGGAACAAAAACUCUCAGCUCUCAGCCCUUCAGCUAAAGCAACAGAUCUAGAUCUGAAUCAAAAAACAUAAAAGCUUUUUAAAGAUAGGAUUUUUACUUCCCGCCUUUUUUUAUCAGCUAAACAUCUCCGCUAUGCUUGGGUUUAAAUACCACUAGGGGGCUCUUCAGUUUCUGAGUUCUGUUCAGAAUCUUUACAGAAAGUAAAAAAAAAAUAAAUAAAAAAAAGCUCUCACUGCUCUCCGGCUGUCUGUCUUUCUAAUGUCUGACGAACAGGACGAGUCAGCAUUCCUCUUCUACUCUGAAUUCAACACCACCACAUGAAUUAAAGCUCCUCCUGUAUUUAACUGUCCAAAUGAACAGGGCCUCAACUGUAUCCUUGAGAUUACAGUCAAAGCUCUUUUCCUUCCAAACCCACUCAAUCAUCAGUCAGUCUGUUUUUAAGAGUCCGGUUGCACCACUUUGGUGAUGUUUGGGAACCAGCUGGAUGUUCCUUGCCCACCAGUUUCCCAGCAGUUGAACAAGCUCGUGAUGGACUGAUUUUUAGCCUUAUUUGGGAUUCUCUUUUGCAGAAAGGUUCAAUCUAACAUACUGUAGAACACAGUCUGAUACUUGCAUUACAUACAGUAAUCUCACUUUUUGCAUCCUUUUUUGUAUGAUUAAGGAUAAGUAUUCUUUAAAAUAUGCUAAACUGAUUCAACAUAGAUCAUUUAGGCCCACACAUUUAGAAUGGCUGUAAAAAUCCUUAGUGCAGUCCUAAAGGGCUCAGCUGGUGAAUACUGUUAUAUUAUCCAUGAGGUUUGCCUCAGCCUUAUUUUAAAGAAUGGGCGUUUUUGACAUAGUGCCAAAUUUGUCAUUUGUCUUGUUUGUCUCUGUAUCAUACCAAUGUUAAGGUUGAUUGACACCACAUUAAAAAAAUAAAUCAGAUUGCCAUCAGAUUUUAACAUGUAAUUGAUAUGUUAGAGUAUUAAACAUUAUAUAUGUGUGUAUGUAUAUAUGUAUGUUUAUGUCACAUGAGUCUUCACGUGAUUCUUGAUCAUUUUUUAAAGAUUCUUUGAAUAGAAAAAAAACCCAGCAUUUAAUUGAACUUUUAAUCAAUUUAAUUGAUAUAUUAAAUAUGAAAUUUCUCUUUAAAUUUUUAAUGACUUGGUAAAUCUGGGAUGAAAUUGCAAUAUUUUAAAGUUUUAAUAUUAGUAUUUGCAAUGUCUGUAUAAAUGAUCCU